CCAUGUUAAUCGGGUUCUGAGAACUGUCAUGUGGUAGUGUGGUACUGUAGCGAGUUGUAGCGUAGAUUAAAGAUAUUGACACUGCAACAGGUGUUGCGUUACUUACAAUGGUUAAAGAAAACUUAACCACAUAACCUUUUGUGUACCAGAGGCAGCAUUGUGAAGUACAUAGCAAUGGAUAUCAGUAAAAAUGAAAGCGUUAGUGGCGUUAAUGUUGAUGAAGAAGUAAUCCCCGACGAAGAAUUGGGAGAUUCAGCUAAUGAAGUCGCUGUUGCACAAAAGACACAUGUUAGUUUAUUUCACGAGCUUUGCACAAAAUUUGAUUUUGGUAUGCCCAUGUAUGAUUUAGUAGAAGAAUCAGGGGAAGCUCACCAGAAAAGUUUUCGAAUCAGCUUAACCGUUUGGACAUUGGGUAUUUCAGUGAUUGGCAAAGCCAAAACAAAAAUGCAGGCAAAACAUGAUGCAGCAUACAAAAUGAUGAUGCAAUUAAAAAAAACUACCCAAGGUGGAGGAACACUAAACAAUGUCACUCAAGAAAUUUUAAUGAAAUGUUUGGAAUGGAUGAAAACAUUUGAAUUUCUGAAUGAAGAUGCUGUGGUGCAGCAAACAACAGAAACAAAAAAUUCUUCUGGAAUUCUGACAAGUUUUGCUUUAAUGAGACAAAUCAACCUUCCUGAAUAUGAAGUUGUUAGCGUUACAGGUCCUCCCCACUGUAGACAAUUUGUUAUGACCUGCAAAAUGAACGAACACGUCACCCGAGGAGAGGGAAAAUCCAAAAAAAUCUGCAAAAAUAUAGCAGCAGAACAAAUGUUGUUACUCCUUCAUCAUCAGUUUCCAGAUUAGAAUGAUUCAACAUGUUAAAGGAAAUUUCCAGUGUGAGAAAGAUAUCAGGAACAUUUUUCUUUGAAAUUUGCAAUGAUGCCUAUCAGUCCUUGUAAAACUUUUCACUGUUAAGAAAAUCAAAUGUAUCUUCUGUUAUUGAAAUUCAA